GAACGCGCGCCAUGCUGGCCAGGGGGUACCCAGGCGCCCGGGCUAUCGGCCCGGCUCGCGCCCCCGCCCAAGUGUCUGUUAUCCUCCCGGUCCAUGACGCUGAACCGUGGUUGGACGAAUGCUUGGGGUCGGUUUUGCAGCAGGACUUUGAAGGCUCCAUGGAGCUCUCCAUUUUUAAUGAUGCCAGUAAGGACAAGUCCAUGACUAUCAUUGAAAAAUGGAAAAAGAAGCUGGAAGAUUCCGGCAUCCUCGUGGUCAUUGGAGGGCAUGAUUCUCCUUCUCCCCGAGGAGUCGGAUAUUCUAAAAAUCAAGCGGUAGCACAGAGCUCAGGGUCUCACCUUUGCUUCUUGGAUGCGGACGACGUGAUGAUGCCUCAGAGAGUGAGGCUGCAACACGAAGCUGCUUUGCGACACCCGAAAAGUAUUAUUGGUUGUCAAGUGACAAGGGAGCCCCCCAACUCCACUGAGCGGUACACGCGGUGGAUCAACCAGCUGGCGCCCGACCAGUUGCUCACCCAGGUGUUUACCUCCAAUGGCCCCACCGUGAUCAUGCCCACCUGGUUCUGCUCCCGAGCCUGGUUCGCCCACGUGGGCCCGUUUGAUGAGGGCGGGCGGGGUGUUCCUGAGGACCUGCUGUUCUUCUACGAGCACCUCAGGAAGGGCGGUGGGGUUGUCCGCGUGGACCAGAGCCUCCUCCUCUACCGCUACCACCCCGGCGCGGCCACUCACUCCGUCCUCGAGACCACCAUCUGGGCCCACCGUGUCUGCUUCCUGGAAGAGCAGGCCCUGCCCCACUGGGCAACUUUCACCAUCUGGAACGCGGGCCGGCAGGGCCGCCGGCUCUACCGCAGCCUGACGACGGGCUCACAGCGCAAGGUGGCUGCCUUCUGCGACGUGGACGAGAACAAGAUCAGAAAGGGCUUCUACUGCUAUGAGGACUCUCAGGAAAGGCCCAAGCCCCGGAUCCCAGUCCUGCACUUCCGAGCUGCACGGCCACCCUUUGUCAUCUGCGUGAAGCUGGACCUCACGGGGGGCGUGUUUGAGGACAACCUGAGGUCACUAAACCUGCAGGAGGGCCGGGACUUCCUUCACUUUAGCUGACGGACCCACGGCAGCUGCUCCCAGGAAUCUGCCUGAAGAUGUUUUUGUCAUCAAAACUGGGAGGGGCUCCCACCGGCAUCGAGGUUGUUGCUAAAUAUUCUGCGACACACAGGACAGUUCCCACAGCAGUUACUCGACCUCAGAUGGCAACAGUGGAGACUGGAAACCAGCUGUGCACCAGGGAGGCGGGCUGAGUCCACACGGCCCCCACGUGUCCCACAAGAGGCAGUCUAUCCUGUGGCCCAGGUGCAGUGGCGCCGUCCUGGCCCAACGGCUGUGCCUCACAUGUUCUCACCUGUCCAUCCACAUCUCUGCUGUGUCCAGACCUCACCCCGGGGGGCAGCAGGCGGGCGGGCCCGAACCCCCCAGCCACACAAGUGCCCAGGUGAGGAACCUUUACGCGCACUGGCCUCUGGACAGGCCCGCAUGAGCGCCAGCCCGCGUGGAGAGAAGCCGCCUGUCUUUGCUUCACAAACCCCGAGUGUGGACCCCACUCUGGACAAAUGGAAAAAAGGGACAGACCAUGUGGUUCUUCCACUUCCUGGAGGUCACACACGGGCACAGCUGUGAAGCUGCCAACCACACCCUGUUUCAGUGCGGGGUCUGGGCUACCAUCACAAGUCCCCUGUGCGGAUGAAACUGGUCCCCGGAGCAUUCAAAACAGUGUCAGCUCCGACUGAACAAAACCACACCAAGGCAGGUAACUCGCCAUGGCCGUGUGCGUUGGAUGCUAGGACAGGGUGAUGGGGGAAGACGCUACCACACGACCCCUCAACAGCCCCCGCAAAAGGACCCGGAGCAGGUACCCACUCCCACCCUGAGGCGUGGCGCCUUCUCUGCCCUGUGAUCUGACGUUAAAUGUGAGUCUCCUAGAGCCUGUCAGCGGGUAAGACCAAGCCCAGCAAGGCCAUAGGGGGCUGCAGCCGGUCUCUCCAGGCCUGUGCUCCUGGGCACCCCU